AUGUCGUCUGAGACAGUUUACAAUUUGCUGUUGAAUUGUGCGGAGAGACAGAUCUUAGCAUCUGAUUUCUUAAAUUUGUAUAACGAAUUUUACAAUGAGAAAUUUGCAACAAAGAUUGAGAAUGAAAAUAAUGAAGAGAACCAGUCCAAGGUUGUUGAGAUUUCUGAAUCUAUUUCCUCUGAUGUGAUAAAGUUAUUGAAUUCAGGAAACCGGUUGCUAUUGGCAGACUACGUUGUUCAAUUACUGUUUGUUAAUUAUAAUUCUGAUUUGGUGCAAGCAUUAUUGCCAAAACUAUAUUCUGUUAGCAAUGAGUUCAUGUUAGUUCAUUUUUUCUCAAAAUCAUGUUCAUACUUUGCAAAAUUAUCAGAUAAAUUGAUUGUAGACCAAUUGGUUAAAGAUAUCUCUCGUUCAAUUAUACCUGGUGUAUUCGCAAUGGAUAUCAAUAUCAUGACAAAUGAAUUAGUGAUUUCAGUUUCCAAGUUUUUACAAUUGAUAUUGAAUUUUUUACCAAAACCAAUUGUUUUAGCCUCUGAAACAGAUAAGGAUCAUCUGUAUUUAUUAAUAAGAAGAUUGUCACAGAUUAAUAAGUUAAUUCAUCGAAAAUUCUCACAAACUUUAGAGUCCAAAAUGAUAUUCAAGGACUCUAAGCCAUUAUUUGCAACCACUGCAACCACUCCUUUUAUAAAUUCGCCUUCAAUAAGCUCACCUCAGUUCAUCCCAAGCCCUAUGGUCCCUUCAAAACAGGGACCUUCAGCUGAAGCUUCAAUGAAAUACAAAGAUAUGAAAUUAUUACGUUAUUACAAAAAUGUUUGGCUGAACAAUAAAAUAUUUAACUGGGAAUGUACUAAUCCGGAUUUUUUAUCAACUUUUUCUUCAAUUGUUACAGGCUUAUUUCAAUUCCAAACCUCUUCAAGAUUGACAACCGAUGAACUACUUACUGAUCUUAUAGAAACAUCAUUUACUUGUUUUGCUCAAUUUGUAAGUAAUAGCCAAUACCAUCAAACUAAUGCAACUUUCAAUUUAUUAGAAAAAUUAUGGAUAAUUUACAUCUCUAAACAACUACCCCUUCUGAUAUUAGAAAAUUCAACAGGUAAUCCAACUGUAGUAACAAGGGCAUUGGAAAGGAUGGACGACAAAAUCAUUAAAGCGAUUAAAUCUUAUUACGCAGAAAAAAAUGACCAGAGAAAUAGAAAUGAAGAUUUAUUUGAUGAUUCACCUUCUUCAGGUUUAGAUAUCAGACACGAUUUUAUUAAAAGCUUAGUAAUGCUAGGUUUACAACCUCCUUCGCUGAUUAACGACUAUUUAAGGGAAGAUCAAAGCCUGGAUCCAAGGACAUUGACCUCAUCUGAUGCUCUAGUUAUUACUAAUAUUCAAGGAGUCUUAGAAGUUAUUAGAGAUGUUAACACCUUUGUGCUACAAACAUUAGAUUCCAUGGAAUUAGAGAAUAUAAAUAAUUCAUCUGAUGUUACUAAUAAUGGUUUAAAACAAGUAUUCAUUAAUUUUGAAACAGUUUCACCAACUAAACAAAGGGAAAUCUCAAAUGCGAUUGUGUCGGUAAUAAAAGAUUCUGUGGAUCAAUUAAACUUCCAAAGACUUUCAAAGAUAUGUGCUCUGCUUUGCUAUAAUUUUGGCCAUUCAUUAACAACUAUUAUGUUAUUUGUUAAGCCAACUACUAUUUUAGAGCUUUUAAUGAAAUUCACUGAUAUAUCUUGGGAUCAGUUUGUCGUAUCUAAGUCAUCAUCUAUGGAGACAGACUAUGAAUUGACCUCUAGUUAUUUAGCUUUUGGCUGGGUCACAUUGCUUUUAACCACAAUUUCUAAAUCUUACGAAAUAUCAUUGGUAGAUAUUGCUCUAAAUUCAUCAUUUCUUGUCUCCAAAGAUUCAUUUGCAAUUCAAGCAGUUUCGAAAAUAUAUGAUAUCCCUGACAGUUUUACAUUAUCCAAAGGUGGGAAAACUGAUAAUGACGAAGAUUCUCAAGAAAUGCGUAAAUGGUUUCAAGAUCUGUUUGUCAAUGGCUCCUUAUCAGACUCUCUAAUUCAAAAUGUCGAUGUUAAAAAAUUGAUUGAUUUAGUCCCAUAUAUAUUUAAACAAGUGAUGUUAGGAAUUGAAAACGGUGUUAUAACCGAUAUGUCACGAGUAAUCAAUGGGUUUGAAUAUUUCUUACAACCAUCAAUGAUUAUUGGUCUAAUUAGAAUAGUUUACUGGUUGGAAGAUUAUUUGGAAAGUUUAAAAGCCAAUGGUAUAGCCGACGACAUAAUACAAAAGAUCCUAUCAGUAGUCAAUUCCUUAUUAGCAGAAGUGUCACUUAAUAGUGAUUCAAGAGCAUACCACGAAUCGGUGUUAAGAUUAAACGCACCUAACCUGCUAAAGGCAGUGCGUUCAUUUAGAAUACAAACUCAGCAGAAUUAUGGUAUCUAUUCCUCAGAAGCUCAGGGACCACCUGUUGUUGAAAGCUUAAUUUCCAAGCUUGUCCUUGUUAUGAACAUUUCUCCGGUUUAUAACAUUGACCCUAGAGUAUCAGUUUCUGAUAAUUCAUACUCUCAGAAACAAUUUGGUUACCGAAAUUUUUUGAUUUUAAGUGAACAACCUUUAGAUAAAAUACUUUCAAAUCAAAUAAACUCCUUUUGGAGUUUGCAUAGUAGUACCUACUAUAAUAUCGAUUAUCUAAAAAAGCUAAUCGAUAUCAUUACUCCAAAGAAAUUUUUCAUUGAUGUAAUGAAAACUUUAGAUUAUAAAUUAUCUGCUUACGGUGUUCCAAAUGUUCGUAAUAAAAUCAGAGAUGUUGACGCAGAACAUGUUAUAGAUUAUUUAUUUUAUUUCAUGGUUUUACAUGAUGUAAAUUCACAGCAAGAAGCAUCCGAAAUGAUUAUGUGGAUGGACAAGACCUUAAAAGAUGCUGAUAACUCCGCAGAAACAUCAACUAGUAAGACUAAGAUACCAAACAAAGCAGAACAACAAUCUUUACCUGAUGACGAUUUUGAUAUGUUGUUCGGUGAAAAUGAAACUAGUAUGCAGGGAACUGAUGAAGAAGAUGCAAUGAUCGUUGAUAUUGAAACAUGCCAAAAUUUAAAUAACAUAGCAGUUCUAAAGAAGAAUAGCUUUGCAACCGUACUACAAGACACUAAAUAUUUACUUGAUGCCGGUCUAGUUUCAGGUGACAUCACAAAAGAAGAAUAUGAAAAAGGUUGUAAAUAUCAUCAAAAAUACUUGGGAUUACUGCGAACUUGUGCCUUCUAA